AAUAAUCUCGGCAUGCAGUGUAAACUUCAUUCAGUCGCUUUAGUGCAAACAGACAGCGAGUAACGGUGGACGGCGGAAGAUAUACCUGCGGGAAAUCAGAUUGGAGAUUUUUACAGUAACUGGAGCUUAUGCCAAUCACAGGGAUUCUACGAUGAAGGCUCAGGCCUUGUUGUUAGCACUUCUUACUUUGCUACAAGCAGCCCGUGGUGAAGAGCAGUGCACAUGUCCUUUGAAUCGUUUCCAAUGCGAGCCGGUGAACAGUGGGGAAUGCACAUGCAUCCCUAAGCACUGGGUGUGUGAUGGAGAUCAUGAUUGCGAAAAUGGAAAUGAUGAAGCUCCUGGAAAAUGUGAUCCCCCUACGUGUGGAGCAGACCAGUUCAAGUGUUCUAAUGGCAAGUGUAUACGUCAGGACUGGAUAUGUGACGGAGAUAAUGACUGUGAUGACCGCAGUGAUGAGAUAAGCUGUGAACACAAGAACUGUACCUCGGAUCAGUUUCGAUGUCAGAAUGGUAACUGUGUGCGUCAACACUGGAGAUGUGACGGGGACGACGACUGCGGGGACAAUUCUGAUGAAAUCUGCCCUGAACACCAAACAUGUCAUCCAAAUGAGUUCCGCUGCUCAGAUGGUACUUGUAUCUCAUCAACAUGGCGCUGUGAUUUUGAUGAGGACUGUAAGGGGGGAGAAGAUGAACAUGAUUGCACUGUUUCACCACACAAUUGUACAAAGGACGAGUUCCUGUGUCCAGAAACAGGGCGUUGCAUCUUGCACUCCUACCGCUGUGAUGGAGAGAAUGACUGUGGGGACUGGAGCGAUGAAAAAUGUGAUAGCCGGCCAUCUUGUGGUGAUGGAGAGUUCCAGUGUUCUAGUGGGAUGUGUAUCAAUGGAGCCUGGGAGUGUGAUGGAGAAUAUGACUGUCCUGAUAACUCUGAUGAGCUGCAUUGUCCUAGCCCAAGUUGUGGAUUUGGUCAGUUCCAAUGUGUAUCUGGACUCUGUAUAAGGGACAUAUGGCGCUGUGAUGGGGAGAAAGACUGUAGUGAUAACUCUGAUGAAGUUGGGUGUGUCUAUAACAACACCCACUGUGGCAAGGGUCAGUUCCGCUGUGACAAUGGCCAGUGUAUAGGGAGCAGCAAGGUGUGUGAUGGAGAAGACCAGUGUGGGGAUGGGUCAGACGAAAAGAAGUGCAUCUCUCCAGCCAGUUGUUCUGCAGACAAUGGUGGAUGCACUCAGAAGUGCACUAAUACCAGGAUGGGGGCCAGGUGUACAUGUAAUGUUGGGUAUGACCUCAUGAUGGACAAGAAGUCCUGUAUAGAUGUAAAUGAGUGUGAGAUUGAGGGCAGUUGCAGUCAGCUAUGUCACAAUACCAUGGGUUCAUUUCGCUGUUCAUGUACCAGAGGUUAUGAACUCAAACCAGAUGGCAAAGGAUGCAAGGCACUAGGUGGAGAGGCUUACCUCAUCUUUGCCAAUCGUGUUGACAUCCGCAAAGUUCUCCCUGACAAAUCGGAGUACACCUCAAUCCUGGCAGGUCUGGAGAAUGCCAUUGCUCUAGACUUCCACCAUGAUCUGGGCAUGGUGUUCUGGUCUGAUGUCACUCUGGACAAAAUCAAGAGAGCUUACAUCAAUGGGACAGAUGUCCAGGAUAUAGUGGACACUGGUCUGGAGAGUCCAGGGGGUGUUGCAGUGGACUGGAUACAUAAUAAAUUGUUUUGGACAGAUUCGGGGACGUCCAGGGUGGAAGUGGCUAAUCUGGAUGGUAGUCAGCGUAAAGUGUUGCUGUGGGAGAAUCUGGAGAAACCACGGGCUAUUGCUGCACACCCAGGCCAAGGGACUAUAUUUUGGACAGACUGGGGUCAGAGGCCCAAGAUUGAAAGGUCCACCAUGGAUGGCUCAUCAAGAGACAUUCUGGCAGAGGAGAACCUGUUCUGGCCCAAUGGUCUGGCCAUAGACUAUGCUGCGGACAGAAUUUACUGGGCAGACGCCAAGCAUCAUGUGAUCGAGUGUGCUGACCUGGAUGGAGCAAAUAGGAGGAUAGUAUUGGAUCAGGGUCUUCCACAUCCAUUUGCUGUGACAUUGUUUGAGGAUGAGCUGUAUUGGACAGACUGGCAUACCAAGAGCAUCAAGAAGGCAAACAAAUUUAAUGGGAACUCUGUGGUAACAGUGAGGAACAGGCUGCACUUCCCUAUGGACAUUCACACUUUCCACCCACUGAGGCAGCCUUCUGCUGUGAACAGGUGUGGCAUGAACAAUGGUGGCUGCAGUCACCUGUGUCUUCCAAACUUAGACACCUAUUCCUGUGGAUGUCUCACUGGCUACAGACUGUUGCCUGAUAACAGGUCAUGUGCACAAGAAAUUGAGAAAUUUCUCCUGUUCUCUCACCAAUCAGACAUCCGUCGUAUUUCAUUUGACACAGAAGACAAGACUGACAUAGUUGUACCUCUCAGCAAUGUGCAGGGUGCCUUAGCAUUGGAUUGGGACAGUCAGGACAAACACAUCUACUGGACUGAUGUUAAAAUGGAAACUAUCAAUAGGGCAUUGUGGGAUGGAUCAUAUGAUGAGAUAAUAGUUGGCAGCAGCCUGGAGAGCCCAGCAGGCCUGGCCUUGGACUGGGUGACUAGGAAACUCUACUGGACAGAUGCAGGCACAGAUAUGAUAGAAGUCUCUAACCUAGAUGGUACUAUGAGAACAGUGCUGGUCUGGGAGGACCUGGACAAGCCUAGGGACAUCAUUGUGGAUCCUGCAUCAGGGUACAUGUAUUGGACAGAUUGGGGCAGGCUUCCUAAGAUAGAGCGUGCAGGAAUGGAUGGGCAGAACAGGUCCAUACUGGUCUCUCAGAACUUGACCUGGCCCAAUGGGCUGGCCAUUGAUGUCCAGAGCAGGAGGUUGUAUUGGGUGGAUGCUGGUCACCAUGUCAUUGAGCACGCUGAUCUGGAUGGCUCUAAUAGAAAGAUCUUGCUGGCAAGUGAAGUACCACAUCCAUUUGGCCUGACAGUGUAUGAAGAUAAUAUUUAUUGGACUGACUGGCAGACAAAGAGUAUUCAUGUUGCUAACAAACUCACUGGAGGAAACAGGAGUGUGCUGGUUCAGGGCCUGGACAACCUCAUGGAUAUCCAUGUGUAUCACAAGGGCAGGACUAUGAUCCCAAAUGCCUGCAUGGUAAACAAUGGAGGUUGCAGUCACCUGUGUCUUCUUGCCCCACCUCCCAGUACUCACACCUGUAUGUGUCCCACUGGAAUCCACCUGUUACCAGAUGGCAAGACAUGUCAGCCAGAACUGAACCAGUACAUCAUAUUUGCUCGUAAGACAGAUAUCAGGCUGAUUUCCCUGGACGUGCCCUACUAUGCUGAUGUGGUACUGCCUAUAGAGGGGCUGAAGAAUACUAUUGCACUGGAUGUGGAUACACAGGAAGGCAAAGUAUACUGGGCUGACAUUGGCCUUGACAAAAUCCAGCGAAGUAACUUGGAUGGUUCUGAUGUAGAAGAUGUCCUGACUCAGGGCCUGAAGACCAUGGACGGCAUUUCACUGGACACUGUGGGUCGUAAGAUAUACUGGACAGAUACUGGACGUAACAGAAUUGAGGUGGCCAAUCUGGAUGGCAGCAUGAGGAAAGUCCUCUUCUGGCAGAACAUAGACAAUCCUAGAGCUAUAGUGGUAGACCAUAACACUGGAUACAUUUUCUGGGCAGACUGGGGUAGUGACCCAGUCAUAGAGAGGGCUGACAUGGAUGGUGAGAACAGACAAGUACUGGUCACUGACAACUUGGGGUGGCCAAAUGGACUGGCACUGGACACAGAGAAUGCCAAGAUCUACUGGGCAGAUGCCAAAACUGAAAUGCUGGAGUGUUCAAACCUUGAUGGCAGUAAUCGCAAAAUAGUUGUGUCAGGCUUACCCCAUCCUUAUGGCUUGACCAUUUUGAAUGACCAUGUAUAUUGGACAGACUGGCAAGCCAAGGCCAUCAAGAGAGCAAACAAAUUAACUGGGGUGGAUGUAACGGUUAUUCGUGAAAACAUGCCCGGACUAAUGGACUUGCAUGGAGUACAGAAAAUGGAGCAAAAGGGUACCAGCAGAUGUGGUUCUUACAAUGGAGGUUGCAGCCAUCUUUGUUUACCUAAUCCUGGAGGUUUCAGCUGUGCCUGUCCCACUGGAAUACUACUGAAGCCUGAUGGAAAGACAUGCUACAAUGUUCCUACCACCUACAUGCUGUUUGCUAGCCGUGACAGUAUCCAGCGUAUCUCCAUGGACACACCAGAUAGCACAGAGGUCUUCCUCCCCCUACCAGACCUCAGCAAUGUCAUAGCUCUAGAUGUGGACUAUGCUGACCAGAAACUCUACUACACUGAUGUACAUCUUGAUGUCAUAAGGAGGUCCAACUUGAAUGGCACUGGUGUUGAGACCAUAGUGAGCUCUGGACUGACCACAGCAGAUGGCCUGGCAGUGGACUGGCUAGGGAGGAACCUGUAUUGGACUGAUACAGGUCACAACACAAUCCAGGUGUCUAGACUAACAGGAUGCUGCAGAAAAACUCUCAUUAACACUAGGUUGGAUGAACCACGAGCACUGGCAGUAUUUCCUGUUAAAGGGUACAUGUUUUGGACAGACUGGGGCAACACUCCAAAGAUAGAGCGUGCCUUUAUGGAUGGCACUAAUCGCAGGGUUCUCGUCAACACAGAGCUAGGGUGGCCAAAUGGACUGGCACUUGAUUAUGAAAUGGAGAGGAUAUUUUGGCUAGAUGCAAAACUGGACAAGAUUGAAACUUCUGACUUAAAUGGUGAAAACAGAGUGCUUCUGAUAAGUGGAACGCAAGGGGUGCUUGACCAUCCAUUUGGCAUCACUGUGUUUGGAGAGCAUGUAUACUGGACAGACUGGCAGACACAAUCUAUAGACAGAGCCAACAAGAGAACUGGGAAGAAUCGAACUGUCAUCAAAGAUAACUUGGAAGGUCUGAUGGAUGUGCUGAUUGUUUCUCCAUUAAAACAGAGUGGUACUAAUGCCUGUCACAUGAAUAAUGGAGGUUGCUCACACCUUUGCCUGGCUAGACCAGAUGUGGGCUUUGUGUGUGCUUGUCCCACGGAACCAGACGACAGGCCUUGCUCUACAGUGCCAGGGAUAUAUAUAGUAGAUCCUACAAAGAAUAAAAAGUUUGACUAUGGCAAGGAGUGGAAUGUUCCUCCUGCUAUACCAGAUACUCUGCCAGAUACAGGGCAACAUGCAGAUGGGUGCUCUGAAGAAGACUGGCGGCAUGGGCUAUGUAGUGCAGACAACAGUGGAGUCCAUGCUGCAUAUAUUUCAUUAGCAGUUGUUAUUUUACUCAUUCUUGGAGGAGCUGUGAUAUUUCUAUUGAUCUGGAGGAGGAAAAGGAGAAGAGAAGAAGACUCCAUAUCAUCUGAGGCAAGGCUUACCUUUUCUAACCCCACAUACCAUAAAACUAGUGAUGAAAGAAUAAAUAUAGAAAGAAGAACAAAACCUUGGCGUCUCUUUCGAUAUGACACUGCUGAGGAACGCCUGUCUAUGUUGGCUCCCCCAGUUCCUCCAAAGCCAAAGGAAAACUUAGCCUCUCAAGAAGCAGCAGCAUUAAUGAAAGCAAAAGACAGUGACUGUGAUUGUGAAGGUUGUGAGACGCCCCCUCCAACCCCACCAGAGAGAAUAGACAGUAAAAAUAUAUUCAUUCAGGAUGAAGUGAAAGAUUCUAAAGACCCACGUUUAGAAGAUGACACAUAUGAACCAGUGGAGACUCAGAUCUAGCAAUAUUGAGACUCGUUUCAGCAGCACCCUUUUUAAUGGCUGCUGAAACAUAGGGAAUAUUUAUAAAAAUUUAUUUAUUAUUUAUAAUUUUUGUGUACAUUUUGUAAAAAAGAUCAAACAUCUUCCACUGCAUUUGUGCCAUAUAUGCUUAACUUUGUGUACAAACUUUAUCCACGUAGUGCAUUAAAGGGACCAAUCAUAGUUAAAAAUCAAAACCAUCACUGUUUGUAAACGGGAGAAUUAACUUAUAUGUAAAAGUGUUUGAAUAUAUGCAUUGUUCAGUGCAAUUUCAAUUUAAUAUAUGGUGUGCUACUAUUUCUGUAAUUGGUACAUUAUAUUGGACAUCCAAUAGUUUCAAUGUUAUGUUAGUACAUGGUAGCAUGUAUGUACAAGUUUAACUGUGAACCUUUUUUUUCCUAAUUCUUGUUCUCAUUCAGCACAAAUAAAUUAGGGUGCAAUUUAAGGCUGAAUUUUUACCUGUUAAGACCUCCAGAUAAUAAACAUUGCUUCAACUUUUAUAAUUUUUGCCAAAAUAUUUUAACGUGACUGUAAGAUUUUAUAGCAAACAUUUUUACUUUUAUUUUUAAAUUUAAACUGUAUAACUGAUAAAAGUAUGCACAAUGAGUACUUUUCUCUUUCAGUUAAGAGGAUAUGAAUGUCUAUGUAAAUUUAAUGCUAAAUGAGAUAACCCUAAAAGGGUUAAACAGUGAAAAAGGAUAAAAUAGAUGAGUUGUCUGAGACACUACUCAGUGUAUUCAUUUUCAUUAUAAUGAAAACGCUCCAAAGUUCUAUUGAAAUUGUAACAGUGCUAUCCUGUAAGAUCUAGUCAUUGAGCGUUGUCUUUCAAAAUGAGUGUUAUAUUUGCCUUAUGCUUUAGGGAUACAAUUAAGUAUGUCAUACAUUGUACCUCCAAGGGUUGUUAGGUUAGCAUAACCGGGUAAUUAAUUUAUGUCAGUGUUCAAUAUUGAUAUCUGAAAGCGUGAACAAAUAGUUUUUUUUUUUUUCAAAUGAACUUUUUUUGUGCAGAUAAUGUUCAAUUUUUUCUAAGUAACUUAAUUUACAAGUUAUAGAUCGGCAUAAAACAUUUUAUAUAUACAUAUUAAAGGCAAUCUGUUUAUCUGCUGUUUGAAUGCAUUUGUAUUUUGUGUCAGUCUGUAUAUAUUUUUAUUGUUAUUAAAAAUAACAUUU